AUGAGUAGAGGAAAUCAAAGAGAAAAUGCCAGAAAGAAGGCACUUAAGAAGAGCGGUUCCAACAACAAAAAGAAUAAGAAGAAUGGAGACCCAAAGAAGAGAAUGGAAGAUGAUGCCGCUAUUUUGAGGGCAAAGCAGAAGGCUGCGGAUGAAAGAAAGGCUAAAGAGGCUGCAUCUAAGGGGAGAAAGAGAACCGAUAGAGGUGUCGUAAAAUCAAUGUUCUAG